AUGGGGCGGGAGAGGGUCCUAAGAAAACGCGCAAUCUCUGUAAAAAAUUGGCAACAUCUUUUAUCAAAUGUAGCAAGACCCCUUGCAGGUUGUCAUAGACAACUAGGGGUCGAUAUAGAUCACUUUGGGAAUCACUGCUCUAAGGAAUCAAGUACAAAGAUCUGCAUUCAUUCCAUAAGUCAGGGAUCACUCCCUGCCGCAUCUGCCGGAAGACCAAAGAAGUCCGACAUCUCAUAUACACUUAAUGAUACGGAAAAAUUACAGAAGACCCCCUUUUUAGAUCUUCACCAAUUGACAAACGAAGAUGGUUUGUCUACAAAACAUGAUUUCAAUUUAGGCAAAACACACAAAAUUGGAUCCGGAUCUACAUUUGUGGUGAAGGAGCUACACAAGCUCCCACCCGUCACGUUCGACCACGUCGAUGUCACCAGGUUGCUCAAGGACAUCAACUUCCUAAAAGCAAAUCAGGCCGAUGUAGUGAACAAGUUGAAGGAAUCAAACAACACUAUCGGUAAAAAAUGCUAUUUACAGACGACGGCGCCUUUAAGAGGCACACCGCCGAACGGACCUCACACCUGGCUUCCGGGUCUCCCGGGGUAUCACGGGGACCCCGCAGACGUGCGCAGGAUGGCCCGCGCGUGGGGGUUGAGUACGCGGCCUAAUGCCCACCGACAGAACUACAAGGCCCGCCCCUCGUCCACACUGAAGACGUCGCGCGACUGCACGUUAACACUAAACGCGCUUACGCAGCUGCAGCCGCCAGCCGACCCGUCUCUGUCACGCAACCUGAGCGGAAAUGCAUACCCAACGAAGAAGGGUAGUCAAGACAUCCCUUGUGCAACUCCGGCGGAAACACGUCACCGAAGAAGAAGAAGCCCACUCGUCGCAAUCGGUGUCGCUCCGAUCGGACCGAAUAAUCGUACAGUGAUACCAGUGAGGCUACUGUACGUGUCCCACUUGCAUUACACCACGAAGGCGGAGGAGAUCGCAGAAUACUUGCGUACGAAGACCAAUUUCUCCCAGAGGGUUGCGCGGUUGGAGUCUCGCCACGACAUGGAUUUUAGUUCAUUUGUGGUGAAAGUUACGACUGAAGAUCUGGCGACCUUUUUGAAAGAGGAGCUUUGGCCGAAAGGUGUGGUAUUCCGGCGUUUCAAAGGCAGGCUACCUGACACCACUCCGCACCAAACGUGUUAUUUAGAAUUUUUAAUUAUUUUAUAUUUCAUAUUUAUGUUAGACUAUUAG